AUGAGUCUCUCGCCACUGCCACCAUCAACUUCAAUCCCUCCGUCACCAUCAGCCAGUGUUCGAAAACGUUCUAUCCAUGAGGUCGACGAUCUCGCUGUACCUGAACUUGGUCCAAAGCGGCCUUUGACGAACAAAGAAAACCAGGAAAACCACGAUCCUCGAAUUGUCGAAUCACCCGAGAAGGGACCGACGUCCCCCAAAAAACCCUCCGGCUCGCAGUAUCCGACACCUGUUGUUGAGAUCCCCACCAGGAGCUGCCCGUCGAAGAGCGCGGGCUCUGCGAGUCCUACUGCCUGUUUGACUGUUGAAUGUACAACUGCACAAUUGAAUUCUGCGCAAUCAUCGACUACCGCCAUGCCCACUCCCGCUUCUAAGAGGCGGAAGCUUUCACCGGCUAGCCAACAAGCCAAACAAGAAGAAAAAGAUACCAAGGAGCGCCAGCGCCUAGAGGAAAAGCAACGAAAGGAGGAUGAGAAGCGCGCUAAGGCCGAGGAGAAAAAGAAGCGCGAUGCUGAACGUGAAGAGGAAAAGCGUUUGAGGGAGGAAGAGAAAAAGGAAGAGAAGAAAAAACGCGACGCCAAGCACGAAGAAGAGAAAAAGCAGCGUGAGGAGAAGAAAAGAGCUAAGGAUGAGGAGAAGGCUGCUAAGGAUGCUGCCAAAGACGAGGAGAAGAGGAAGAAAGAGGAGGAGAAGUUGAAAAAGGAGAGGUCUCAAAUGAGAUUGAACAACUUUUUUGCGAAGCCACAGCUGCCCUCUUCAGCAUCCUCUACCGUCCCACCAUCUCCCAGCAAAAAAGCCCCCAAUGGGGAUGCCGCUGCCGAGAACCCUCAAACGUCCGAAUCCGACUAUAAGAAAGCCUUCCCCGAAUUCUUUCUCCAAUCCCACACGAUAGUCGCACCUCCCCAUCGAUUCGAUCGUGAUUCUGACGCUUUGAAACAUGUCCGUGAUACACUUGAUGCCGGUUUGAACUCUGUGAAUGGCACAAACCAGCAAUUCCCGUACCAACCAUCUGAGAUUUUUCACAUGAUACCAUACCGUCGACGCUACUUCAGAGAGUGGAUCUCUACCACUUUCCGAGAACCAACAACAGAAACACCAGGCACAGCUACGCAGGAUCACGAUGAAAUCACUCAAAUUCGGCGAGGAUAUCCGUCCCCUUACCAAGGAACCUAUACUCGUACCAUGCCGGAAACAACAGCUUUGAAACUGUCACGCAAUCCAUACUACCGCGGUCUCCCAGACACUAAUUACGAUUAUGAUUCUGAAGCCGAGUGGGAAGAACCCGAAGAAGGCGAAGACCUUGAUUCUGAAGAAGAAGACGAGGGCAGUGACGAGGGUGAAGAUGAUAUGGAAGGCUUUUUGGAUGAUGAAGACGAUGCUCUCGUCGGAGGCAAACGGCGUCUCAUUGUUGGCGAUCUGGAACCAGUUAACAGCGGCAUCCGGUGGGCAACAGACGGCGGCGUGGACGAUGACCUCAAACAAUACCAGAUCGAAACGAUCUUAGAUGCCGUCAAAUUUCCCAUUGACCCGUUCUCCACGGUGUAUUGGCAGAAGCCCCGUGCUGCCGAGCAGGCCUCGGCAAAGAAUAAGGCCACAAAUAACCAAGCCAAGGGCGCAAAUACCCCAUCUAUUUUCAAAGUUCCCAGCUCGGACAAGGCGUGUGCUGGUGGUACACUGCCACCGCCGCCAGCAACCAAAGCGAAGCGGCCGUUCCCUCCUGAGCACUUGGAAGAGUUCAAGCAGGUGAUCGAAGGCAGUGAUCUCAGUAAGAUUGGUGUGGUUGAGAUCCUCAAGAAGCGGUUCCCCAAGGUCUCCAAAGACACAUUGAAAGUAACUUUGGACCAGGUUGCAGUCCGCGUUGGCCAGAAGGAGGCGGAUAAGAAGUGGGUUUGUCGGUGA